AAUAUCAUAGAGACUUCAAGCUUUUCGAUAAAGAAGGUAAUGAUACAAUUCCUAGUGAAGCAUUAGGUGAUUUAUUACGUGCAUUAGGUCAAAAUCCAACAAACGCAGAAGUUGAAGAACUUACUAAAGGAGCUGGGUCAAAAAUUAAUUUUGAAAAUUUCCUUAAAAUACUUUUGCGUCCUGACGGAUUUGCACCUGCCGGAACUUACGAAGAAUUUGUCGAAGGAUUUCAAGUUUUUGAUAAGGAUCGGACUGGAUAUAUAUCAGCUGGAGAUUUAAAAUAUGGUUCUUUAGGUGAAAAGCUUUCCGAGGAAGAUGUAGAUGAAUUACUAAAAACUUUUGUUGAUAAAGAUGGAAAAAUUAAAUAUGAUGAUUUUAUAAAAGAAAUCUUAGCCUCUUAA